GCGUCCUCUUUCUGUUCCAGUGGGCGGUAAAGCGUGUAUCCCUUAAAAAUGCAGGGUGGUAAAGUUUAAAUCCCAAGAAGCGUCGAGCGCACAUAUCGCGCGCGUAUCCCCUGCACAACCAGACAGUGAAAUCUAUACCACGGUCCUUACAAAACAUGAACUAUCAGUUAAAUCUAAUAUUCUGCAUAUUAUAACCACCAUGCGAGACGCUUAAAUAUAAAUAAGACCAAAUCGUUUCUAUCGUGAAUUUUAGUUGACGUAAAAUUAUGGUGUAGUUGUUGCAUAGAUCCCUGCAUUUCUUUUGUCGCGAUCGAUGAAUGCAGAGGAGUGACAAAAAAUAGUAUGUGUGGCCUCGUGCGGAAAGAUAAUUUUAGUAUGGGGCGAAAUGUGGCCCUCGCUUGCGACUGUAAUAGUUCACUUCCCGCCCUUGCCACACACUAUACUAUUAUAGAUUUUUAAUUUUUCUCAAAUAUCCUAACCCUUAGUUUAUGUCAUGCACUGUACAUUCAUAUCUUAUUUUAAUAGCGUGGAAAGCAACACGUUACUCCAUAGAAAUUGCUUUUUACAAAAAUUUCGUUACAUGCGUUAAUUUAAAUAAAAUAUAAUGAAAUUACUACAGCAUUACUGGCUACUGCAAUAGUAAUUCCGUUGCAGUAAUUUGUGAUUUUCGUUACGUUACUACCCAACCCUGCAACUAACAACUAAGUUCAUGGUCAGAACAAUAGAUCGUGAAAUAACAAAGAUAUAUAAAUUAUAAAAUAUCUACCUUAUGACUUAUGAGUUAUGAAUAAUUAUAUGAUUUCAAUCAUUAAAAAAAAAGUGGCGGUUGAAAUGUCAGGUGCUGCAUAGGCUGUAGAGGCUGCACCCGUAGGACCACCCAUUAAUCAUGAUUAUCGAAAGUCAUAGCUCCUAUGUAAUUUUUAUACAUUUAAUAAAUUAUAUCCACUACUCAUUUCAUACGAAAAUAUAUCUUCGUUAUUAACAUAAUAUUGUAAUUUCUGUGUAUCAUCGUUCAAAAUUUUGAACAUUUUAGGUAUAGCGCGUUUGUACACUUUAACAGUUUUACUUCAGUAUAGGUACGAACACUUCAGUGAUCGGUACACAUAUUUUUAAUUAUUUUUUUGUUAUUCUUAGUGUAUAUGUGUGUUAUGCGUUUAGUAUGUGUAUCGUGAAGGCAAAACCGUAAACAUGACGGUACCUAAGAUCGAAGAUGAACUAGACAACCUCAGACCAGGGGUAGUAGUUGAUGAUUCGAAUUCGGCCGAGAAGCCAAAUUUGAAAGGAGAUUGGUUGAAUUUUUUCCUAUUGUUGUUGCUGUAUACAAUGCAAGGCGUACCGUUUGGCUUAGCAUUGGUAAUGCCGAUAAUUUUGCAGAGUAAGAAAAAUGUAUCUUAUAAAGAUCAGGCUAUAUUCAGUUUAGUUACAUGGCCGGAAAGCUUAAAACUGAUAUGGGCCCCUUUGGUAGACACGCUGUACAUACACAAGAUUGGAAGACGAAAAUCUUGGCUCAUACCGGUUCAAUAUUUAAUGGGAGCAUGCUUCAUUUAUAUGGCCAGCAAUAUUGAUGAAUGGUUGCCAGAAACGCGAAAGCCGGAUAUACUGAAAUUGGUAUACGCAUUUUUCUUCCUGGGAAUGUUGGCUGCCACGCUAGACAUAGUCGUCGAUGGUUGGUCACUGACCAUGCUGAAGAGGAAUAACGUGGGCUAUGCAUCUACUUGCAAUUCAACCGGUCUGGUGAUGGGCAUAAUGAUAAGUUAUAUAUUUUCCGCCUUUUUGACGUCAGAAGACUUUAGUAACAAGUACUUACGGUUUAGGCCAGAUGUAGGAGGGAUAUUCACUACGAGGAGUUUCUUAUAUGCUUGGGGUGUUCUUUUUAUAUUAAUAACUACAUUGAUUGCAAUAUUUAAAAAAGAAAAAGAUAACAGAUUAGAGGAUGACCACGUAAAGCUCAACAUUGUUCAAAACUAUUCACUAAUAUGGGACAUUUUAAAACUACCUGGUAUUAAAUUAUUGGCAUUAACAUUGCUGACAGCUAAGAUUGGAUUUGCUGCAACUGACAGUCUUGCGAUUUUAAAACUUAUUGAUGCGGGAGUACCAAAAGACAACAUUAUGUUUAUAGACACAUCAAUGUUUGUUGUAAAAAUGUUUUUGCCACUAGUUGUAGUGAAAUACACUUCUGGUCCGAAACCGAUGAACGUAUACCUAACAGCAACACCCUUCAGAUUACUUUUGAAUAUUUCAUUUGGGGUAUUUAUUUAUUAUACACCGACAUUGAUAGUAGCAAAUGGGUUUGUUCAUAUUCCAAUGUAUUACUAUGCACUUUUAAUAUUUAUAAUGUCAAUACGAGGUAUUCUAGAUACCAUUAUGAGAGUAGCUUUAUUAUCUUUUUUCUCUCGAAUAAGUGAUUCACGUUUUGGUGGUACUUACAUGUCAUUAUUGGGUACACUUUUAAGUUUGGGAGGAGCAUGGUCGUCUUCGGUUGCCAUUGGAAUCGUAGAUUUCCUAACGUUUAAACAAUGUUCUCUAGAUCACCAAAAUAGUUGCUAUACAUCGAAUCUAAAAAACAUGUGUAAAACAAUUGGAGGUGAUUGUGUUGUUAUAGUGAACGGGUAUUACGCAGAAACGGCUGUGUGUGCCAUAAUCGGAAUCAUUUGGUUUUGUAUUUUCAGAAAGAUCCUUAAAAAUGUUCAAACUAAGGGCCGUUUUUAUUGGUUGGUCGAUAUAAAGACACCAAGAAAAUAAAAAAAAUGUUUAUUGUCAUAUGCGCAUUUAGCCAUAGUGACGAACAUUUCGAAUUUUUAAAUAUCUAUUGUAAUUUAUUUAUUAUUUUAGUAUUGUUUAAUAUAGUCUAUAAUUAUAUCAAUAAUACAAUUGUUAAUCGGUUCUCUAUUGAGACUGAUAAUUUAUUAUAACUAUGUAUUAAUAUUUAAUGUUGUCACUUAUAAUAUAAUGUUAAGUUGUAAUAAAGUCACAGCGUACCGGUUCGAUAUGAUCUAUCCAUGAUGACAUCAAGAAAUAUCAGUCGCCUCGAACACCUUUAAGUCACUAAGAAAUAAAUAUUGACUACCUCAUCGGGAAUGUGAUCAUCAUUAUAAUAUGAUAUUAUGAAUGAUAACUUAUAUGAUUUAACUACAAUUUAUUUUAUUUAUACAAAUAAUUUUAUAA